AUGCCAAGUAUCUUGUUAGUGGGUGAAGGGAACUUUUCUUAUUCUGCAUCCCUCUCUGGCUUCAACCAAGGGAAGGAUCUCAUUGUUGCUACCUGUUAUGAGACAGAAGAUGCAGUAUCCAAACAGCCUCUCUCAUCUGCCAAUGUGGAGCAGCUCAGAAGAAACGGAGCUCUGGUAUACUUUGAAGUGGAUGCGACAAAGCUAAAAGAGUAUGCUUUUCUGACUAAUCAUCUUUAUGACCGCAUUAUCUUUAACUUCCCACAUUGUGGAGGAAGGAGGCCGGAGUGAGGAAGAACAGAGAUUUGCUCUGCAAGUUCUUUCUUAGCUGUGUGGAAGUCCUUGAUCAGAAAGGAGAUAUUCAUGUGUCUUUGUGCCAAGGACAAGGUGGCACCCCUGCUGAUGAGCCCAGGAGGGAGUGGCACAAUAGCUGGCAA